AUGUGGAAGAUCAUUGAAGCUAGUGAAUUGGUUCAAAAAAAUCUGCCAGAGACAACCCGACUUUGGAUGUUAGACCCAAUGAAAGCGAUUCCGCAUGAUGAUAUGGUGAAAUUGCUGAAACUUUGUUGGGAAUGGCGCCAUGACCCAAAUUUGGUGAUGCAAUUUGGCAACGUCAAAGCUGAGAUUGAAUUCUUCGCUUCCCUCGUCAAAGCUGACGGUUGGCUGAAAGGAGAUAAUCACAUCCAUACUUGCUUUACGGAUAAUAAAAGAAGAAAAGAGCAGGUUGGGUGGAAAAUUAGAAACAGUUUACUGAACGUUGUAAAUGGCAAGGUUCCGGUGUGUGGGAUGGAUUGGCAGAAUGCAUAUAAGGUGUAUACCCCUUGUAUGUUGACGAAGUACAAGCAUUGGGUGGCUGUAAUGAUUGAUCUGGUUAACUGUGAAAUCAAAGUGUACGAUUCAAUGGUUUCACUUAUUCCAGAUGAGAUCUUAAAGGAAGAACUCACCCCGCUUUCAAUUACGAUUCCAAAUCUUCUCAACACCAUCGACUUUUAUGAAGAUGGUGUUUACGCAAACGAUUGCAGCCGAGAUUGGUGGUGUCCGUGGCCAAUAGAACGUGUGGAUGUUCCUCAACAGUUUAAUCAAGGCGAUUGUGGCAUGUUUGUGUUGAAGUACAUUGAGCUUUUGAGCGCUAAGAUUCCGUUAGCUACUUGCACCUCGCAGAACAUGCCCUUUUUUCAAUUGAAGUUGGCUGCAGAGAUAUUACGGGGAGAUGCUUACAUGGCAUGA